ACGACUUCUCCAGCUCCAAUCAAUCCUCAACCAACGUCGCAAGAUGCUCGACGUUGGAUUAGGCGUCGCGAGGAGCGCCAGGCUCUUGUCGACAAGGGCAAUGAGCCUCAAUCAGCUUGACCACCGGAAUAUCAGCAGCUUGAUUGGGACCGCUGCCAAGACCGCCUCGCUGCCGACCGCAACACUCCGCCGUCCUGUCUAUCAAGCACUUCCUCGGCAACGACACUUUUCUUCCUCGUCUAGCCGUCUCAAUACCCCUCUUCCACCCGAAGAAGCCUUCAGACCAGCUGCUACCACAUCGUCUGCACCUCAGGCCCCUCUUGCAACCUAUUUAGGCCCAAUGUCACGCACCUUCUACCGCCUCAAACUCUUCAGCAUGACCUCCCUCCUCUUUGCUUCCUCUCUCACCCCAGUCUUCCUCUUCGCACCGGCAGAGGGCGUCACCCUGGCUGCACGCUGCGGAAUUGUGGCCAUGGCCCUUGGCACCAGCGGGGUGUCCACGGCACUCGUCGCGUGGAUUGGGAAGCCGUACGUGGGUAGGAUGGCGUUGCGCAAGGGGGAGAAGGGACAGGCGAUGAUUGAGGCCAAUAAUCUCAGCUGGAGAUUAAGGCCAUUCCAAACGACGAUCUACAGGCCUUCCUUCAUUAGACCAACGUCUAGACCGUUUGCGAACUGGGAGCUUCCCGAGGAACCAGGGGCGGUUGAUGAUUUACAGGCUAUCCUGGCCGACAGUAGCAGCGGGAGCGAGAGCGGAGCACGUCGAUUUCUCAUUGCAGAGACGAAAGACCUCAAGACGGAUCGUGUGGUGGGCUCAUGGUGGGGGCAGGUGGAUGAUGCAGGCCAGGUGAAGUGCACCGGGCAGGGCAAGCCGGUCAGGCAUUUCCAGGUGCACGAGGAGCUAUUGGGCGAUGAGUGGAGGAUUCUCAAUUGAAAGACGAGUGACCAAGGAGACGAAGCGCACAUUUGUGGUAGCGCAGAGCGCGAUUGCAUUCCCUUAGCUGUGUAUACAUGCUCGCCUUCCCCUUCCCUCACGAUCACGG